CUCAAAGAAACCUCAGCGAAGGCGAGAUUGAGAGAAAGAGAGAGAGAGUGGAGGGAGGGCUGACGCGCCUCCCCCUCCUCCUCCUCCUCUUGGGUUCCCGCCGGUGUGCCCCUUUCCCGCGUGGAGCGAGUGCAGAGCGAGCCCAGGUUCCCGCCCGGUUCCCGCCCGGCGCGCCAUGUCGCUCAGCCCCAAGCACACGACGCCCUUCUCCGUCUCCGACAUCCUGAGCCCCAUGGAGGAGAGCUACAAGAAGUUCGGCGCCAUGGAAGGCGGCCUGGCCGGGCCCUUGGCGUCCUCUUCCUACCGACAGCCCCCGCCGCAGCAGCAGCAGCACCAGCACCCCAUGGCUACGGCGCACAACCCUACUGCCGCCUACCACCCCAUGGCCCACGCCGGGGUCUCCCAGUUCGCCCACGGCUCCGUGGCUGGAUACUGCAACGGCGGGUUAGGCAACGUGGCUGAGCUGGCGCCUUACCCGGACAGCGUGCGCGGCGGCGGGGCCGCCUCCGGGUGGUAUGGGACCAACGCAGACCCACGCUACCCCACCAUUUCCAGGCUGAUGGGCCCCUCGGGGGGCAUGAACAUGGCCGGCAUGGGCGCGCUGUCGGGCAUGGCGGAGGCGGCCAAGUGCCUGGGCCCGGGGCUCCACCACGCCGCGCCCCGUCGGAAACGCCGGGUGCUGUUCUCGCAGGCGCAGGUCUACGAGCUGGAGCGGCGCUUCAAGCAGCAAAAGUACCUCUCGGCGCCGGAGCGGGAGCACUUGGCCAGCCUCAUCCACCUGACGCCCACCCAGGUCAAGAUCUGGUUCCAGAACCACCGAUACAAGAUGAAACGCCAGGCCAAGGACAAGGCGGCCCAGCUCCAACAGCAGCAGCCGCCGCCGCCGCAAACGGAGGGGCCCGGCCUGUGUCAACAGCAGCAGCAGCAACAACAAGCGCCGUCGACGCAGGCGCCCCAAUCCCCGCGCCGCGUGGCUGUGCCCGUCUUGGUGAAGGACGGCAAGCCUUGUCCGCACGGCAGCGGCAGCGCAGGGCAGACGGCAGGGCAGAGCCCCGGGGCCGGAGGAGGCGGAGGAGGAGGAGGCAGCGCAGGGCAGCACCCGGCGGCGGCAGGGACGGGCUUGGGCCAAGGGCCGGACCUGGAGGAGCUGCCCCCGAGCCCGCCUUCCCUCCACAGCCAAGUGGGCGCCCUGGCCCAAAUGGACGCCGCCAACGCCGCCGCCUCCGACUACAACGGCGGCAUGGUCAACGCCAGCUUGCUCUAUGGACGGACUUGGUAACAACCAUCAUCAUCAUCAUCAUACUCAAGCCCCAGGAGGUUUAGGAGGAGGAAGCGACUGCCAACUCCCUUUCCUCCCCUCUAAGUGCCCCAAGUUUCCCCGCGGCUCCUUCUGUCUCCCCCACACUGCCUCUUCUGCUCCUUCUGCCCCCAAACUGGACCCAAGCAAGCAUGGAGUUCGCCUUGACGCCGCUUUCGGAGCCUCCCCUUUUGGCCGCUUUCAGGAGCCCAAGUUGGAGGCUGGGACAAAAACACGACUGUGUGACGCUCAAACGGGAUGUUGCCAUCUGCUCAGCGAAGGAACGAAAGCGAAAAGAACAAGCCGAAAAGGAAAGAAGGGCAAAGCCAAGCUCUCCCGGCUUGACUCGGGAGAGUCACAGAUUUGUGUUGUUGAAGGCUUUCACGGCCGGAAUCACUGGUUGGCAGUGAGUUUUCCGGGCGGUAUGGCCAUGUUCCAGAAGCAUUUUCUCCUGACUUUUCGUCCGCAUCUAUAGCAGCUAUUCUCAGAGGUAAACAGCCAGACCUUGAAACUGAAAGGCAAGUUGGCCAAUUGCAACAUUCACACCUGCCUCAAACAGACAAGAGUUCUUUUCUCCCACCCUAGACAUCCCACAGAUAUAUAAACCCCACUGGCAUAGUUUCCAACACACCUCACAACCUCUGAGGACGCCUGCCCUAGAUGCAGGCGAAACUUCAGGAGAAUAUCCUUCUGAAACAUGGCCAUACUCACAGCAACCCAGUCGCAGAUUUGUUUGUGUGUGCUUCACUUCUCGAGCCAGAGCUCUGGACUCUAGCCUUCGAAAGGGCAACUGAUACAAAUAUACUAAUAAUACUAGUGAGGGAGUCUCUCAAGUGCAAUCUCAUCCUUAUUAUUAUUAUUAUUACUGAUGGAGAGCUGGUUGAGUUGUGACUCCGGGUCGACGGGCAACACGUCUCCCCAUUACACUAUGUAACACGGUUUUUGUUCCUGGGUUAUCAAUACCAUUUCCGAAUUGGUUCUAUCAUAAAAACAAAGCAAAGAUUUUUUUUAAGCUGCAAAAAGCUGUUGUUUUGGGGGACAUCCUGCAGCACUUUUUGCUGUAGUUUUUUCAGUGAGAGCCUCAACCCAUUCAACAGCCACCAAAACGAAGUUUCUGGAGUGUGACAAUUACUUCCAAAGUAAGUGCGGCAAAAUUAAACAGAAAAUAACACUUUCAAACCAGGACCAAACAAACAAAAAUCAACUUUUCUUACAUAGUGUUAUUUACCAAAAUAAUGCGAGGCAAAGUUGCAUGAUUUGCAUCCUUAUAAUGGUAUAAGGAUGUUUUGAUGGAAGGGAGGGGGGAAAUUAUUAUAGUGUGCAUUUGGAGAUAAAGAUAUAUAUGCACAUAUAUACAUAUAUAUAUGUGUGUGUG